AUGAGCGGAACAACAAAGCUACAGAAGGCGCUUGUCGUCGAAGAAAUUGGGAAACCACUUCGCCUUGCUCAGCGCCCGAUCCCAAUGCCUGGACCGGGCUGGGUUCUUGUUCAGGUUGCGGCUGCUGGAAUCAACCCACACGAUCAAAAGGGUCGCGACACUGGCCUAUUCAUCCAGCCCUACACCCCGGGCGCAGUCUUGACGCAGGACAUAUCCGGUACCGUCGUCUCUCUUGGCGCCAACGUCUCGAAAUUCCGCAUCGGCGACCGCAUCUUCGGCCAGAGCAACGUCCUCGACGGUCCCGACCAAGGCGGCCUGCAGCAAUAUACCCUUCUUCACGCGGACUAUGCAGCCCGGAUCCCGGACAAUUUGAGCUUCGAUGAUGCGGCGACGAUUCCCGUUAAUGCAGUUGCGAGCUUCGUCGCGCUGUUCCAUGAGAGUGGAUUGGGGCUGCACCCGGCCGAGUUCAAUCUGUCCUCGGAGAAGAGCGAUGUUGUGGACUACUCCAAGGACACGAUUCUGGUCAUUGGGGGCGGUUCGAAUACGGGAAAGUUCGGGCUGAUGUUUGCCCAACUUGCUGGAUUCGGUAAAGUGAUUACCACAGCUGGUGGCACGGGUGAUGCAAAAAAGAUGGGGCGCUUGCGGUCCCUAGGUGCGACACAUAUUAUUGAUCGAAAUGCGUCGGACGCAGAGAUAGAGACGCAGGUCCGCGAGAUUGUCGGCGACAGUCUGAUCUACGCGUACGACACAGUCAAUGCCGCGCCGAAUCAGGGCUUGGGUCUAGCUGCCUUGUCGAGUUCGCACAAAGGGACACUGAUCACGCUGAUGAGAGGUGGUGAGGUUCGCGAGGAGAUCGCGCUCAAGAAGGAGGCUGGGUACCGCAAGGCGCAGGUGCUUGGAGUUAGCCAUAAACAUGGGGAGUUUGCGAAAGAGUUUUGGAAUAGGCUUCCUAGGUGGAUUGGAAGCGGCAUUGUGAGGCCGCUAGAUGCGGUUGUUGUUGAGGGGCUCGAUGUCGAUGGGGUGAACAGGGUGCUAGAUGAGUAUCGGGAUGGGAAGGUGGUUAGUAAAACGCACGUUCAUCCGACUGCGUUAUAG